AUGUCUCUCUUCCCACGCUUCACCCAGGAGUUCGCUCCCAUGUUCCGUCUCUUUGACGAGUACGACCGUCAAGCAUUCCGCGAUGUCGACCGCCAAUUCCAGAGCAUUCGCUCCUUCACACCUAAGUUCGAUGUCAAAGAAACCAAGGAAGCCUACGAGCUGCACGGCGAGCUCCCUGGCAUCGAGCAAAAGAACGUCCGCGAAGAAGGUCAACGCCCCACAGCCAUCGAAGCCGGCGAAGACCAGAAGAAGAUUGAGCCGCACCAACCCCGAGUUGAAGACGAGGCUGCCGAGUCGGCGAACAAAGACACACAGGUCGCCAAGCAGUCUGAGCAGCAGCUUGCAAAGGGGGAGUCGAAGCAUCGCUACUGGGUCAGCGAGCGCUCGGUUGGAUCGUUCCACCGCAGCUUCGCUUUCCCUGCCCGUGUUGACCAGGAUGCCGUCAAGGCCAGCCUGAAGAACGGUAUCUUGAGCAUUACGGUGCCCAAGGCUACUGCGCCCCAGUCAAGGAAGGUCAACAUCGAGUAA